UCGCACCCACACCUAUCUUCCAAAAACCUCCCGAACCCCUCUCACAACUUCUCAUCUCUCGCCUUCUCCAUCCAACUCCUCCUCUCACGCCCUCUCCGUCCAACUUCUCUCCGGCAAACCCCUCUCCGGCGAACCCCUCUUUGUGAACCUCCCCUCUGAACUCCUCUCCGUCAAGACCGUGGGCAAAAUUUCCUCACCUUAUUCCUUCACCUCUUCGUCAAAUAGCAAAUGCCCUAAUCGUCCCAUUUUCUUUCUUAAACCCAGACACAUUGAAACCGCGACGGGCAACGACAGCAGCAGAGAGAUGAUUCCCAUCCUCUCCUCUCUCUUCCGAUUGCAUUCUCUGGUUUAAUUUGUCUCUCUCGUUCUACAAAUCGAUUGCCAGAUUUUUGUUUUAUUUUUUCCUUUGGGUCUUUGAUUCUGAGUUAGGGUUUCCUACUCCUGCUAAGAUUUGUUGUCUAUGGCGGCUUCCAGUGGCGUUCCGACAACCCUUGCAAGGACGGGGCCUUUCCUUCGAAACAGCUCUUCCACCAGGUCAUUCUCCUUUCCGAGGAGUUCCGGUGCCUUUUAUCGCGUUGGCACGAGAGGACCUUGGCGGAAGCUGGCUCUCCGGAUGAGCCCGCGCUCCGAUGCCUUGGUGGAUCUCGUGGAGAAGCAAUCCGCGAGAGCUAGCGCCUCGGCGCUCGAGCAGUUCAAGAUCUCCGCCGAUCAUAAGGUGCUCAUGGCGGCGGCCAAGGGUGGGUCCAAGGAAGCAUCAGCGAAGGCGGUGGCCAAGGGGGCGAUGAAGCCCAAGGGGGCCUUUCAUCGGAAGCUGCCUUUGUCUCCAGCGAUGAGCAAAUUCCUCGGCGUCCCAGAAAUCGCACGGGUGGAUGCCGUCAAAAAAUCUGGGAGCACAUCAAAGCAAACCAGCUCCAGGGAGUGUGGAUUAUCUCACAAAUCAAUAAUUUUUGUCUUGGAUGAGUUUGAACUUUUUGCUCAGGGGAAACAACGUUUACUUUAUAGGUUGCUUGAUGCAAUGCAAACAAUGACUUCAUGUCUAGUAGAAGUUCCGAUUCUUAGCGCCCCUCUUGUUAGUUCAUGGGCAUUGGAAUUACCAGAGGAUGGCCUACAUGAUCUUGUACAACUUUUAUCGUAAUGCUGUUUUUGUCUUCAUCCUAUUCUGGUAUGUGUUUAUGAACAAUGUUGCAUGGAAUUAUCAAACUUUCAAUUUACCUUU